CUCACAUGUCAUGUGCCGUCCACAGUUAUCUUUCACCGGCUCAUUAUCCGGCUAUGUAUCCAGAGCGAUGAAAUGACAAGUUCACAUUUUCCAGCGCGCAAGCUAUAUAACGGCCACCUCCAUCCACAUAUUAUCCCCCUUCCUUCACACAAACAUCGCAACAAAGACACUCCGGCACUUUACGGCUUAGAACCUCCAGACUUAACUUAGACCCAAACUCCAAACACAACUCAACAAGAUGACCACUCUUCAAGGCGUUUCUAUCCCCAAGACUCAGACUGCUGCCGUCGUCCCCUCGGUCGGAGAUCCCAUCAAGAUUGACAACCAGGCCAAGGUCAUUCAGGCCAACGAGCUCAAGUCCGGCCAGUGUCUCGUCAAGAUUACCCAUACCGGUGUCUGCCACACUGACUUGCACGCCAAGCAGGGUGACUGGCCAAUUCCCCCCAAGAACCCUUUGAUUGGUGGUCAUGAAGGUGUCGGUCACAUUGUCGCCAUUGGUGCUAACACUGUCAACUCCCCCGUCCAGCUCGGUGACCGAGUGGGUAUCAAGUGGCUCGCCAACUCCUGUCUCACCUGUGAGGCUUGCCGACGAGGCUUCGAGAUGAACUGUGACCACGCAGAGCUCUCUGGCUACACCAUUGAUGGUACCUUCGCCGAAUACGUUGUCUCUUUCGUCAACCACGUUACCCCCAUCCCGCCGUCCCUUGACUCUGCUGGUGCCGCCUCUAUCCUCUGUGCUGGUGUUACCUCUUAUAAGGCACUCAAGGUUUCCAACACGAAGGUCGGUGAUUGGGUUGCCCUUCCCGGUGCUGGUGGCGGUCUCGGUCACCUUGCUAUCCAGUACGCCAAGGCCAUGGGUCUCAAGGUCGUUGCCAUCGACACUGGGGCUGCCAAGGAGAAGCUCGUCAAGUCUCUCGGUGCCGAUGCUUGGGUUGACUUCAAGACCACUAAAGACCUCGUUGCCGACGUCAAGGCUGCCACUGGGGGUCAAGGUCCAGCCGCUGCUGUUGUGACUGCUUCCCACAAGACUGGUUACUCUCAGGCUAUCGACUACCUAAAGCCCUCUGGUACUUUGGUCGCUGUCGGUCUCCCCAACGCUGAGAUGGGUGCCAACGUCUUCUGGACAGUCUUCAAGAGUAUCCGAAUCCAGGGUUCUUACGUUGGUAACCGACAGGACGCUAUCGAAUCCCUCCAGCUUGUUGAGGAUGGAAAGGUCAAGGUCAUCUUUGAGCAGAAGCCUCUUGCCGACCUUAAGGCCGUCUACGAGGGUCUCGAAGAAGGCAAGAUUGCCGGCCGAAUAGUCCUCCAGGUCGCGAAGGAGUAGAAUGUUCAGAUUUCUGUUUUCUUUCCUUUUGAGGGUUAUGGAGUCACCAUGGGGUAUGUGUGUAAAAGAUAGUCAGAAGUAAAAGCAAUAGCAAAAGUUUGUACUGAUUAGGGGAUGCAUGGGAUGUCGACUG